CUCUUUUCUUCACUUCACGUUUUUCUUCUCUUCUCAUCUCAUCGUCUUCCCUAUCUAUCUAUCGUAUCCACUCUCGUUUCCCUGUUCUCAGCGAUCUCUUUUGCUGUUUUCCGUUUUGUUUGAUCGUAAGAUAUGGACCGAUUCACGCUCACCGGAUUGUUGAAGCAGGUCGCCGUGGAGUUUCCCUCCCGUAGAGCGAUCUCCGUUUCCGGCAAGUUCGAUGUCACGCAUGGCCGUCUUCAUGAGCUCAUAGAACAGGCCGCUUCUCGCCUCCUCGUUGCCGGAGUUAAGCCCGGCGAUGUCGUCGCACUCACCUUCCCCAACACCAUCGAGUUCGUGGUCAUGUUUUUGGCCGUAAUCCGCGUUCGAGCCACUGCUGCGCCGCUGAAUCAGGCUUACACAACGGAAGAGUUUGAGUUCUACCUCUCCGACUCGGAGUCCAAGCUCUUGUUGACAUCAAAACAAGGAAAUGAGCCGGCUAAAGCCGCUGCGUCGAAGCUCAAAAUCCCACACGUGACAGCUGAGUUGCCUCAGCCCGACUCGGAUGUCACGCUCUCUUUGACUCAAUCCGAGUCAAACCUAGACGAGGUCGCCAAAAUCGAGAACGAGCCAUCCGAUGUCGCUUUGUUCCUACACACUUCCGGCACCACGAGUCGGCCCAAAGGCGUUCCGUUAACUCAGCUCAACUUAGCUUCGUCCGUCAAAAACAUCAAGUCGGUUUACAAACUCACCGAAUCGGACUCUACUGUCAUCGUCCUCCCGCUCUUCCACGUCCACGGACUCCUCGCCGGGCUACUGAGUUCGCUCGGCGCCGGUGCCGCUGUUGCUCUCCCGGCUGCCGGCCGGUUCUCGGCCUCAACAUUCUGGUCAGACAUGAAUAAGUACAACGCCACAUGGUACACAGCCGUCCCUACCAUACACCAAAUCAUACUCGACCGCCACCUCAGCAAGCCCGAGUCCUCUUACCCGAAACUCCGGUUUAUUCGGAGCUGCAGCGCCUCACUCGCCCCAGCCAUAAUGGCCCGGCUUGAGGAGUCGUUUGGCGCGCCGGUGUUGGAGGCUUAUGCCAUGACGGAGGCGAGCCAUCUCAUGGCAUCCAACCCGUUACCCCAGGAUGGCCCGCACAAACCCGGGUCGGUUGGAAAACCCGUGGGUCAGGAGAUGGGUAUAUUGGAUGAAAAUGGUGUGGAACAAGGGGCUGGUGAAAGUGGGGAGGUUUGUAUUAGGGGACCGAACGUGACCCUAGGGUACAAAAACAACCCGGAAGCUAAUAAAUCUGCGUUUCGAUUCGGGUGGUUCCACACUGGAGACCUCGGGUUCUUGGACUCGGAUGGAUAUCUGCAUCUUGUUGGGCGCAUCAAGGAGUUGAUCAACCGUGGAGGAGAGAAGAUCUCACCAAUUGAAGUGGACUCCGUCCUUCUAUCUCAUCCCUACAUAAAUCAAGCGGUAGCUUUCGGAGUUCCCGAUGACAAAUACGGCGAAGAGAUAAACUGUGCUGUAAUUCCCAAUGAAGGAUCAAAUAUAGAUGAAGCAGAGGUGAGGAGCUUCUGCAAGAAGAAUGUUGCAGCAUUUAAGGUGCCCAAGAAGGUUUUCAUCACCGAUUCGCUGCCAAAGACUGCUACCGGGAAGAUCCAACGGCGGAUCGUGGCGGAGCACUUCCUUGCCCAAAUCUCUACCGCCAAAGUUCCCAAGUUUGGAGCCUAGACCGCAGCUAUUUGUUUGCUUCCGAUUAGUAGUAUGUCAUUGUCAGCAUUAUUAUCGCUGAUAGGGUAAAGAAAGUUCAACAUCCGUUGCGCGUAUAGAUAAAUUGCUUUGUUAUAGAAGUUCAAAGAAGAUGGUGUUCUUUCAUUUUUAUCAAUGAAUUGUUAUUACUAUUCAAUAUAAUCAAUGAAUUGUUAUUACUAUUCAAUAUAUAAUCAUUGUUCAGAUUUC